CAGAUGUGCGAGUAAUGUUGCCAUGGCAACAUGUCCUUGCAUAACCUCAUGUGUUGGUGCCAAAGUGUUUGUUUUUUUUGCCACUUUGGUUAUCGCAACAGAGUAAGAGCACGUUUGGAGAGGACCCGUCAAGACCUUUCAUUUGAAGUUUCACUUUGCCCUUUUACCUUCAACUAUGCGGUUUUCCUCUAUGACCUUGAUGGGAUAUUUAGAACAUUCUCAACCAAAGAAACGUUUUUUUUAUGGUUUCAGGCCUGUGGGUAGGGUUUCAAAGUAGCCUUUCAAAGCAAGUUUAGGGCUCUAAACAAGGGUUAGCGUUUUAAGCCAGAAUUAAGGUUUUGGGCCUAGGCUUUCAAGCAAAUGGCACGAUUUCAAGAUUGGGUUUUAACAAGGGUUACAGUUUUAAGAUAGGAUAAGGGUUUCAAAUCGGGGCGGGGGUUUAAAGAGAAGGUUAGGGUUCCAAAUGUGGGUUUUACGCGUUUCAUACAAGGAGUGCGGUUUAAAAGUAGGGCUUCAAGCCAAGGGUUGGGUUUAACUUUUGUACUUCAAGCCAAGGUUAAGAAUUAAAAGUAGGGUUUCAAGACUGAGCGAGGGUUUCAAAUUAGGGCUUCAAGCCAAGGGUUUGGGUUUCAGUUUACGUUCUCAAGCCAUGAUUUACAAAAGUCUGGGUUAGAGAGUUAAACAAGGUUUUGAUUUUCUAACUAGGGUUAGUGUUUCAAAUUAGGAUUUCAAGUCAGGGAAGGCAUAUUGUUUCAAAUGAGAGUUUGAGUGUCAAAUUAGUGUUUCAUGCCAAGGUUCGGCGUUAAAAGUAGGGUUUGAAGACAGAGCUCGUCAUUUCUUGUGUUUUUUGUGGCUGUCAUGCAUGCUGCAGUACCAGGUGCAGCCUCAGAAGGGGAGGGGGCGCACAAGCGAGAGAAAUGGGAGGUGGUCUGUCGUCUUGUGGAUGUGUGGACGCUGUCAUACGUGGGCAAAGCCUUCAUGAGAAGCUUCGCCUUCCUCCAUCCAGCAUCCCCCUCCCACCGGGAGCAGACGCUUGUCCGUGGCCGCCUGUGUCGCCUCUCCGCCGGCAGGCGAGACACACGCCUCCUCGGUCGGUCCGCUCCACCACCUUUCAAAAACCGUUUUGACCGCGCACACGUGGAUCUCAUUUAAGACGAGAGGAGGGGGAACAAAGUCGAGGAAGCCACGGAGCAGCAAACUUUGAAGAACACUAUGUUGUGACAUGUGGAGGUCGUGUGUCCAUUUUGGAGACAUCCUUCCUUCCCGUCAUGUGUGAAGGGGAUCGGACAUGCAGCUCCACGUCUGCUUGUUGCUCGUCCUCGUCGUCACAUCAUCAGUUCAGGGAGAGCCACGGAAUUCCACAGAGGAGCAUGCCAUCCCCGUAUCGCAUUCCGACAGAGACUUCGCCAGUCCAUCACCGGUCGCGUCCGACUACACAAGCACACAAGAACCCUACGGAGGGUCUGAGUCUGGUCCCGCCACGCCCUCCAUUGCGUCCGGGAGCCCUGAUAGCGGAGCUCUACAGCUUCCUGAGGAAGCGGGGAACAAUGGAGGGGAAACAUCUGUUACCGACCUUCCGGUGACAAUGGUGCUGACCCGAAACACCCAAACAAAUCCGGGCACACCAGAAGGGACACGUGGGUAUCACACCUCCAGGCAGUCCGCUUUUCCGCCUGUGACGUCCUCCCCGGCCAGUUGGACACUUCUUGCGACUCCUGCUGGUACCACAGGAACAGUUCAUCACCAGACCCUCCGUCGGACAUCCUCAAGUGGGAUGGAAGUUUUCGAAAAACUCACUUCAGGUCCGGUUUGGGGGUCCAUGUGGUCACAAACGGACUCUUCACAAAGUACACAAAGAACCACACGCCUGCCGGAUGCCACAGAGGGGAUGUCAAAGAUCUUUGGUUCUCUGUGGACCACCAGAGAUGCCAUCAUGGUGUCUGGAAGGAUCCAGAACUCGUCUGGGUCGGAGGAUGGGAGGGGAACGCCUAGACUUACGUCCAGCAUAAGCAUAAUGAAGUUAGGGGUAUCUGAAGAUGGGAUGGGAACAUCCGGAUACAUGCCCCAGAUAGGCGUCUUGAGUGGCUCCCGGGUAGGAACAGGAACGCCGAGACACUCUCCCCACGUGAGCACCGUGUUGGCAUCCGGAGGGGUUCCGAACUCAUCUGCCUCUGAAGACUAUAUGGGAACACCCCGAUACACGCCCCAGGUUGGGGUCCUAAACUUGGGGUUCUCUGAAGAUGGGGGGGUAACCCCUGGACACUCAACCCAGGUGAGCACUGUGAUGGCAUCCGACAGGUUCCUGAGGUUAGGGGACUCCCAGGAUGGGACGGAAACAGCACAACAUACACUUCAGGAUGGACUCUUAAGCUUAGGGGGCUCUGAGGACAGAACGGGAACGCCACAUGUGAGCACUGUGUUGGUGUCUGGUUCUGAGGAUGGUAUGGGAACACCCCAAUACACGCCCAAGGUGGGGCUCCUGAACAUAGGGGUUUCCCAUGAAGGCACAGCAAUGCCAGGGCACUCGCCCCACGUAAGCACCAUUUUUGAAUCCAGAGAGGUACAGAAAUUGUCUGGCGCAGAGGAUGGGAUGAGAACAGCUGGGAACACGCCCCAGGUAAGCUUGGAGGGAUCCAAGGAUGGGAUAGCAACACCAGGAAACCCAUUCCACGCGAGCACUGUGUCAGUGUCCAGAGAGGUUCUGAGCUUUGGGGGCUCCAAGGACGGUACGGGAACGUCUGGACCCUUGCCCCACGCGAGCACUGUGACAGUAUCCAGAGGGGUUCUGGGUUUUGGGGGUUCCCUGAACACGGACGAUGCCCGCCACACAACACCCAUACCAACAGCCCUAAAGAACUUGCCUUCCGUUUCCCCCUCCAUCCUGGAAGUUCUGGCCCGGGGCUACAAAACCACUGCACCACCCUUGAUCAGACAAGGAACUCCGAAGACUGAGGAGAAAGGGACCGGGGACGGCAACACCGCGACAACCCAGCAUCUGAUGCCGGAAACCCAAUCUGCUUCGACUUCUUCGAGUGGCGCGACCACCCGCAUACCCAAAGUCUUUGUGAUGCCGGACCAGGCUGUUGCUUUCACAGUGGAGUCCAUCGAGCUGUUGCUGCAGAUAGUUGUGGUUGAGUCCAGCUCAGCUUCAGGUCCCGACCUCGAGGAGGACACCAUCGCCUGGGUGGAGCCUUACCUGCAGAGGGCGCCAGGGUUCAGCAGGAUGUCGGGUGUGUGGGGCAGUGGUCGCGCCGUGCAGAUCCUACUGGAGUUUGACAGCGUGGGCGCUCUGCGCUGGCUCUCCGCUUCUGGAGCCUCGACACUGCUACACCAGACGGGACUGGACGGAGCCGCACGCUUGGGAAGGAGCUUCAGAGGGUCAAAGGUCGUCAACAUCACACUGGGGGGCGUGCAGGCGGACGUAUGCGAUUGGUUGCUGGCGUGUCCGGGAGGCUUCCGUUGUGUUUCUCGGCCCAACAACUACAGCUGCUCCUCCGUGUGUCAUUUUGACUUCUGCCGCCAUCACGGCGUCUGCACGCACCACCCGGAACAUCUUCCUGUUUGUCGCUGCCUGGUGGGCGACGACUUCUGGUUCAUGGGAUCGAGGUGCGACGUACGUAUGACGCGAGCCCGUCUGGUGUGCACGUGCGUUUCCAUCCUGGCGCUGGCCGUGGCCCUGAUUGGCUCGCUGGCCUUCGUCGCCGUCAGACGCUACCGAGCCGCUCUGAUCCGGGCCAAGGUGGAACAGACCCGGAGCAGCUACCGGCGGUUCAACCAUUUCGAUGAGCUGUCGUCUCGCUUCUGGCUGCGUUCGGCUUCUGUGGGUUCCGCUGACUCCGUGGACAAUCCGGCGUUCACGCGCUCCGACGAGCUGUUGCACAUGCGAGCUCUGGACCGCCCCUGCUGCUACCACGACGACACCCUGUCGCUAGCCUCCGCCUCCGCUUCCUCCGCCUGCACCGGCCGUGUCGCGCGUCUCAACACCAUCUACCCCGACAGCUCCCAGUACGGUUGGCGCGGCAGCGAGUUGAGCGUGGGCGAUGGGGUGCUGGACUCGGGCAAGGCCAGCGACCUGUCUGUGUGCAGCUGGCCCGUGGAGCCCAUCCAUUGGACGCCCUUCCCGCUUCUGCGGCACCUGGCCGCCACCCACACCGCACACGCUGUUCGGGUGUCAAGGCCACGUUCGUACUGCGAAGGCAUGGAGCUGGUGGACAUGAACCGCAGCUGGACCGCAUGACUCUGAUAUUCAACGGCCAUUAAACACUCUUAAUGUGUUGUGUGAAUAUAUAUGUAUGUAUGUGACAGAUAAUUCAAUAAAUACUGUAUGUGUGUGUGUGUGUGUGUGUGUGUGUGUGUGUGUGUGUGUGUGUGUGUGUGUGUGUGUGUGUAGUUCACUGUCAUGGUCGUAGGUAACCCCAUUGUAUCUCACCACUUGUUCAUAAAACUGUAUGCAUUGCAUCUGGAA